UCCUCGGCUCCGUGGUCUCCGGGGCAACGACACGACACAAACACUGCAGCAGGGUACAGGAGCUCACUGUCCUCCCGUCAGACGAAUGUAAAAAUAUAUAUACAUAUAAACCAACAUCGGUAAUUUAGAAAUAUACCAGCGAUGCCGAAGAAGAAGGCUGCCAAAGUUAAGAAAGUGAAAGGCGGGAAAGGGAAAAAAGACGGCAAGCAGGAGGCGAGGGCCGACAAGGAGUCGGACGUGGAGAAGGCCAAGGCCGCCGCUGCCCUGUGGGAGCUGAGGCUGAACGUCGCCGACCAGUCGCUGGUGCGGCACCGAGAGGACUGGCGCGCGUUGGCGCGCGUCAACGAGGAGCUCACCAACCGACUGCACCGCCUGGAGAGGGACACCGUGGACAUCAGCGCCUGUCUGCAGAGGAAGGACGCGGCCAAAGAGCAGGAGAUCACUUUGCUGCAGAUAGGCCUAAAAAAUCAAGAGGCUCUCGCACGUGAGGAGCAAAACAAACUGGCUGAAGAUUAUACUCUUCAAAUCAACGAGAUGAAGGAGCUGUUCAGAAAGAGAUCCAGUGACUUUGACAUGAUCCAGGAGGGAAUGAAGACAAUUAAGGAGUUUCAGAAGACGAAAGCCCAGAUGGAGCAGGAGCUCAAUGAUACUAGAGAAAGCAUGGGUCUCGCUGACAAGGAGCACAGGGAAAACCUGAACAAAAUGGAGUACAAAUUCUUCAAAGAAAAGGCUCGUCUGGAGAGAGAAGCCGAGCGAGCGAUAGCCGUGGCGGUGGACAGGGCGCACAAUGAAGCCAUCGUGCAGUUGGACGAUGCGUCGCGCUCGGUGUUCAAGGAGAAUGUCCGUCUCAACGAAGCGCUGAGACAUCACAUCAAGGAGGCAGAGGACCUGCAGAAACUGACAAGCUCCCUGGCAAAGCAAAACGCCUCACUGGCAUUGGACAAGAACACCUUUGAGCUGAUGGUGAAGAAGAAUGCAGCUCAGAUGGCGGCACAGAAAGAGGAGCUAUCUAAACUGAGGGCCAAGGUUGAUUCCCUGCAGCAGGCCCUCGACCUUAAGGCCAGGGAACUUGAGCAAGAGGAAAAGAAGGAGGCGGAGGAGAUUCUCGUCAGAAGCCAGGCCGGCCAGGUAGAGCUGGGGAAGCUGCAGAAGGUGCUUGGCACGCGCGGGAGAGAACUGGGCCACGUCAAGCGGCUGGCGAGCACCAUUGUGGAGCAGCGCACAGAGCUGGAGCAGUUCUUCCACGAGUCCCUGGCCCAGGUGAGGCAGGAGAUCGCGGCCAGCAGGCUGCAAUACAAAAAGGAGGCUCUCCGGGCUUAUCGCUGGAGGCUGACGGAGGCCACAGCAGGGAAGCUCAAGUUCCCACCCAUCCGCACCUUCCAGAAAGGCCCCCACAGUACCAACUCUGUCUAUUCAGACAUGGAGGCAGCCGCGACGUGGACACAUCAACCAGGCAGCAAAGUUGAAAUCUCAGAUCUCACUUGGGAGCAGAAGGAGCAAGUGCUCAGGCUUCUCUUUGCUAAAAUGAACGGACAGAAGGAGAGGAAAGUCAGCCAACAUCUGGCCUCGUCUGCGAAAAGGAGCCUUAUUGACAGCGAUGCUGCCGGAAUUAGAGAGGAGCUCUCCCCGGCGACCUUCAUCACCCAGGCGCCUGAGUCCCUUCGGCCCUCGAACCCAAACAGCCUGCCGGAUGUACACACCAGAUGACCUCUGUGUGGCCUCUACAUUGCACAUCACACUCUGGAUUGUUUGCCUCUGCUCUGUGCACUUACCACAGUGUCAAUCACGUGUUUAGUAGAAUACGAGACGUUUGUUUGUGCUCAUAAAUAUCUUUGGAUGCAUGUA